AUCACAAACUGGGCCUCCUUCCUGAGUUCCGACCCGUUAGAUAAGAUAAACUGAGAAGGAAAAAGAAAAGCGAAAAGGAACUCGCCCAGUUGAAGCGGGAGCGACCGAGACCAGGCGAUUAUCGGGCGAAGCUGAGUUCCACUUUCCAGUUCAAAGAAUUCGUGCCGCUCGGUCGUCCGCCGGUGGAAGUCGGAAACUCCUGCGGCAUAGAAGAGAGCAAUGGAUAAGAAGAAGGCGUUCUACAGAGCUAAAUUGAAUGCUCAGAAGAAGGACAAACGAAUCGAUUCUCCUCUCGUCAGGUAUAAUGAAUCCGAUCAACCAGUUUGUAGGGUUUGCAAUCUUGUUUUGAAGGAGUCUCAGUGGGAUGCACAUCAAGCUUCUCGCAAACAUCGUGAGGUCAUGUCUCAGUUUUCCCCAUGUGAUCUAAUUGUGCUGGUGUACGGUUAUGGUUUACUGUGGAAUGUGAUUAAACAACAGGCGAUAGAUAAUCUGAAGGCAAAUGCAGCUCGAAAGACCGACGCAACCAAUUCAAAGCCUGUACCUCGUGUUGAAUCAAACAGAUCUGCAUCCGCAAACAAUGCAGAGUUGCAUGCUGCUACUGUGCAAGCUGAGCCACCAACAAAAGUGUCAAAGCCACAGUCGUCAUCUGCACUCCCUCCGGGGUUUUUUGACAAUAAUGGGACCAAGGCACACAAAACUGGUACUAUAGCUUCUCUGCUUAACAUAAAGUUGGUGAGAUUUAAACAAAUCCGAAAUUCAUUUUCAGAUCCACAAACAAAGUUGGGUGGCUCUCUUAAACCGAAGAAAGUCGAGUCUCUUGUGGAAGAUAAAUCAGAAGCUUUACCUACUGUUAGUGGUUCACAACAGCUAACUGCUGAGGAAGGUAGGGCUUAUGUACAGACACAAACAAAUGCCACUGAUACAGAAAUCAAGCAGGUGAAGGGGUCUCUUCCUGAAGGUUUCUUUGACAACAAGGAAGCUGAUUUACAUGCUCGUGGGAUAAAGAUUGUCAAGCCUGAUGUUAAUGAUGAGUAUAAAGAAUUUGAGAAACUGAUCCAAGAAGACGUGCGGGAGGUUGAUGACCGCUUGGAGGAAGAGGAGUUUGACGCUGCUGAAAAGAUUGAAGAAGCCGAGUCUGUUGAGCAGAAGGUCUAUAUGCAAAAGGUGGAACAAUUGAAGAGGAAGAAAAUGGAGCUGAUGGCUGCCAAGUCAGCCAAACGUGUCAAAGGCAGGGAUUCUCAGGUUGCCAAGAAGGGAUCCACCAAUGAGGACACAUCCAGUGACAGUGACGAUGAUGAAGAUUUCACGGUCGAUUGGAGGGCUCAACAUUUAUGAACAAAGAUUUAGAUCAAGUGAUUUUUCACGGGUAGCCUAGCAUAACUGUUUCCUUCUUUAGCCAAGACAAGUAACGCUACUUGCACCAAGCUGACUUGCUCCCCCUGGCAACAGGUGGUUCUCAACUGUUAGAGCAUUUCAUUUUCUUGGGAAACUCUGUCAUGCACUCUUGCUGAAGUAUCGUUGCGUUAUUUGAAGGUACAUUUCUUCUUUUUCCCUCGGUUGUGAACCACGUUACCUACUAACAUAGACUAGCUGCCUGCCUUUUGUUACUAAUGAGCCAAAAAUGAGAGAAAAGAGUGCACUUUGUUGUUACAGCACUCCCAAAAGUUUGAUUCUCUAUUAACGAGAUAAGGAAUUGGAUAAUGUAAUUAUAUCGAGGUGUUUUGUUUUGUUUAGUUAGUUGUAUGCAGGAAAAGAUGAUUAAAGAUUUAGAAACACAUCAUGGGGCCUGAACCCGUGUGUGACAAGGUGCAAGGUGAGUCAUCAAUUUUGUAGUGAGCUUCAGGUAAUGGUGUGCACUUCACUUUAUUAUUAUUAGCUGCAACUCAACUAGCCAGAAUUCUGAGAGGAAAUGGUUCAGUACUCGUAUUGGCUUUCCUAGACUGGACUGGUGUGCAUCACUUUUCCACUAGGGCAUGGAGAUUGUGACUGUUAGUCUGUUACGUUAUCUUGGCUUCACCCUCCUUAAGUGUGGUCCAAUGUUUGAUGAUCAUGGUUUUAAGCUAGAACCCGAGUUGUGUGUCUUGAGUUAAUUAUGACGGAGUCGGAACUAUGAUCGAGUCAUAGAUUGUGGUAAUCAAAGUUUACUCUCGUUCGGAGAGUCAGAGUUGUGAUCAAAUCAUAGAUUAUGGUAAUUAGAAUUUAUCUUCUCUCUCGGGGUCUUAGGCGGAAAAACUCGGAUGUCUGAGUUAUAAUCGAGUCAUGGUAAUCAAAAUUUUACCCUCGCCCGAGUACUUCGUCAUAGGAAACAAACUUCAUUGUCUAUUCAGUUUAGGAAAAGUCAAUCCCAUAAGUUCAGGCAGCCCCUAGAACAGUGCGGAACAUAGGAUUGGAGGUUGUGAAUCAUGUCCUAGUCAGCUAGCUUAAGUUCUUUCCUAGGUAGCAUAUUAUUAUAAUCACACAUUAAACCCCACGAAUCUUCGAUUCAAGAGUGUACUGUACACAAUUUCCCAAGUCAUCAAGUGGAUGUUUGACGUCAAAGUCAGAAACUAACAUCGCAAACACUUGGAUGUUUUUUUUAUCCAGUCUACUUGGAUCGAGGAAGCAUGUUGUUAGGAAACCUUUUAAAAAAACGUAUGGUUCUCAUCUGCCUAUUAGGAUAGAUGGCAUUGCUUAUCACACAGACUAAUUUAGUAUAUUAACCUCCUAAUGCGAAUUGUUUAUCUCUAGUUAGGGCAAAAGCUGCUUAUCUUCACUCCUAAUGCGAAUUGUUUAUCAAGUCUACUGCCAACGAAUACUACUACUG